AUGGGUUCAUGUAAUACAAAACAACAAGCUGCUGCGGAUACUAAUCGUACUGACAAUGUUUCUGGUGACGUGUGCCCUUAUGCUGGUCGUGAUGCUGCAGCGAAUACUGAUACUGUUGCUGCCACUGCUGCUAUUGGUGCCGCUGCUCGCAGUCCUGGUGCUGCUCCUAUUAUUGCUCGUAAUAAUGCCAUUCUUCAAGCUGCUACUGCUCAUCUUCAUGGCAAAUGUAACUGUAAACAAAAUACUAGAAAAUAA